AUGGGCGCCGACGAACAAACUGAGAAUCCACAACACACGUCCAACCCCACUACGUAUCAUUCUCGAAAUAUAAUCGACCCACCUACCCCAUCUCCGUCUUAUGACCCUGUCACAUUGCAACAGCACUUCAACUUACCAAUCCGUCCACAUAAUACUUGGUUCAGCCGCCGUCAUGUCUGGACUCGUGCUAAGAUAGAUCAGGAACGCCGAGAUUUCUUCUUCACUCGUGUCACUGGACGGCCUGAAGUAUGGGCUGCCAUCGAUACUGCUCUCACAUUGAUGCGAGCUGGUGAUAUCGCGACUGCGCAGAGUAUCAUUGAUGCUGCUGGUAUAACUGUUCCGACUGGGGAUUUCUCUGCGGGCUGCUAUGAUGAGCAGGGCGUGCUAUAUCGUCUCCCUCGGUGUAUUGUCAGUGAUCCAAAGAACCUGGCUGAAGAUGCUCCCGAGGAUACAUUGAUUGCUGCAAAUGAUCUUCAGGACCAUGAUGCAAUCCGUGAACAGCGCCGCGCGGAGAGGGGAAAAGGUUCUGAACGGGACUUGAUCACUGUUAAGGCUCGCCUAGUUGAUGGUAAGGAUGUUGUCGUGGUAGUUGAUGGGAGAAUGAGCGUCGGCUUUGUCGCCCAAAAGAUCCACAAGGAGGCAGGCCUCAAAAAGGACAAAAUUAUCAAAAUCGUGUAUCUGGGUCGGGUGUUGCAUGAACAUGAGUCUCUACUCGAUCAGGGAUGGCGAGCUGACCAUAUAGUCAACGCCAUGGCUGUGUUUACUCCUUUGUAUGACGCUGUCAGCGACAUAGAAAACUCGACUCCCAAUGCCAAAUUGCUUGCUGCGGCUAGAUAUCGCGAUGCAAUCUAUGAACGGAGCCGUACGGGGAAGAACAAAACUACUGAUCACGACUCGAUCAGUGUUAAAGUCCGACUAAGUAGUGGUGAUUUAGUUUUGAAAGUCGAUGUGGAAACAAGCGUUGGUGAAUUGGCGAAGCAAAUCCACGUGGAAGCCGAGCUUGAUAAUGAUAAACGUGUCCGACUUGCCUUGAAAGGCCAUAUGUUGAAAGAAGGCCAGUCUCUUCCCGAACAGGGAUGGAAAAAUGGCCAGGUUCUCAACGGCAUGAUUGUGUUCGCUCCUCUCUCUCUUUCCCUUGUUGACGUUUGA